UUUCCGAACGCAGUCUCUUUGUGACAGAUUUUCUAACCUCAAUUAUUUUGACGGUUCGCGGGAUAGAGCAACAUUUUUUCUGCUGAAUUCUUCCGUUUCGAAUUAAAACGUGUCAAAUGAGUAUUAUUUUCAUCAAGAUUCGCGGAGGGAGAAGCCUGGAUUCUAAAUAAUUAUCGAUAACAGAGUACAUACAAUACAUAUUAAUGCAUUUCGUGUGAAGCUCAUAGAUACUUCUUUGAAGAAAAAGAUGGAUAUCGCCAAUCCUACUCCUCAAGAUUUACAAACAAAAUUGUACUUUCUAAUGGAACAGUUGCAACAUAUGGCUGGAGAAUUACCGCCAAAAUAUCAGAUGCGAUUGCCUUAUGAAUUAUUAUCCGGUUUAGCAAACUCAUUGUUAAACGAUACCAUUUUUGAGAUAGUGAAAGGUUUGAUGGAGAUACAGCACGUCACUGAAAAGCAUCUCUUCCAACAACGACUCCAGCUUUUGAAUCAACAGAAGAUUGAGUGUCAAGAAGCAUUAUCAGCAACAGUAGCAGAUGACAAGUUGAACUUAAUAAAAGCCACACUGUUUAAGAAACACAAGGAGGAGUUAAAGGAAAUGGACAUGAAAUUGGUAUUGCAAUUAGAUCAAAAAGUAGCUGACCAGCAAAGUAUAUUGGAGAAGGCUGGAGUACCAGGAUUCUAUGUGACGAACAAUCCAGUGGAAAUUCAAGUGCAAAUGAGACUGUGCGACUUCAUAAUUAGACUCACCAAGAUGGACAUACCAACUUAA